AUGCGCAGCCGUUUAUGCGCAGCCGUUUAUGCGCAGCCGUUUCUGCGCAGCCGUUUCUGCGCAGCCGUUUCUGCGCAGCCGUUUCUGCGCAGCCGUUUCUGCGCAGCCGCUUCUGCGCAGCCGUUUCUGCGCAGCCGCUUCUGCGCAGCCGCUUCUGCGCAGCCGCUUCUGCGCAGCCGCUUCUGCGCAGCCGCUUCUGCGCAGCCGCUUCUGCGCAGCCGCUUCUGCGCAGCCGCUUCUGCGCAGCCGCUUCUGCGCAGCCGCUUCUGCGCAGCCGCUUCUGCGCAGCCGUUUCUGCGCAGCCGUUUCUGCGCAGCCGUUUCUGCGCAGCCGUUCCUGCGCAGCCGUUCCUGCGCAGCCGUUCCUGCGCAGCCGUUCCUGCGCAGCCGUUACUGCGCAGCCGUUACUGCGCAGCCGUUCCUGCGCAGCCGUUCCUGCGCAGCCGUUCCUGCGCAGCCGUUCCUGCGCAGCCGUUCCUGCGCAGCCGUUCCUGCGCAGCCGUUCCUGCGCAGCCGUUCCUGCGCAGCCGUUCCUGCGCAGCCGUUCCUGCGCAGCAGUUCCUGCGCAGCAGUUCCUGCGCAGCUGUUCCUGCGCAGCUGUUCCCGCGCAGCUGUUCCCGCGCAGCUGUUCCCGCGCAGCUGUUCCCGCGCCGCCGUUUCUGCGCUGCCGUUUCUGCGCAGCCGUUUCUGCGCAGCCGUUUCUGCGCAGCCGUUUAUGCGCAGCCGUUUAUGCGCAGCCGUUUAUGCGCAGCCGUUUAUGCGCAGCCGUUUAUGCGCAGCCGUUUAUGCGCAGCCGCUUCUGCGCAGCCGCUUCUGCGCAGCCGCUUCUGCGCAGCCGCUUCUGCGCAGCCGCUUCUGCGCAGCCGCUUCUGCGCAGCCGCUUCUGCGCAGCCGCUUCUGCGCAGCCGCUUCUGCGCAGCCGUUUCUGCGCAGCCGUGUCUGCGCAGCCGCUUCUGCGCAGCCGUUUCUGCGCAGCCGUUUCUGCGCAGCCGCUUCUGCGCAGCCGUUUCUGCGCAGCCGUUCCUGCGCAGCCGUUCCUGCGCAGCCGUUCCUGCGCAGCCGUUACUGCGCAGCCGUUCCUGCGCAGCCGUUGCUGCGCAGCCGUUCCUGCGCAGCCGUUCCUGCGCAGCCGUUCCUGCGCAGCCGUUCCUGCGCAGCCGUUUCUGCGCAGCCGUUUCUGCGCAGCCGUUCCUGCGCAGCCGUUCCUGCGCAGCCGUUCCUGCGCAGCCGUUCCUGCGCAGCCGUUCCUGCGCAGCUGCUUCUGCGCAGCUGCUUCUGCGCAGCUGCUUCUGCGCAGCUGCUUCUGCGCAGCUGCUUCUGCGCAGCUGCUUCUGCGCAGCUGCUUCUGCCUAGCUGUUUCGGCGCAGCUGUUUCGGCGCAGCUGUUUCUGCGCAGCUGUUUCGGCGCAGCUGUUUCGGCGCAGCUGUUUCUGCCUAGCUGUUUCUGCGCAGCUGUUUCGGCGCAGCUGUUUCUGCGCAGCUGUUUCGGCGCAGCUGUUUCGGCGCAGCUGUUUCGGCGCAGCUGUUUAGGCGCAGCUGUUUCGGCGCAGCUGUUCCUGCGCAGCUGUUCCUGCGCAGCUGUUCCUGCGCAGCUGUUCCUGCGCAGCUGUUCCUGCGCAGCUGUUCCUGCGCCGCUGUUCCUGCGCAGCCGUUUAUGCGCAGCCGUUUAUGCGCAGCCGUUUAUGCGCAGCCGUUUCUGCGCAGCCGUUUCUGCGCAGCCGUUUCUGCGCAGCCGUUUCUGCGCAGCCGUUUCUGCGCAGCCGCUUCUGCGCAGCCGCUUCAGCGCAGCCGCUUCUGCGCAGCCGUUUCUGCGCAGCCGUUUCUGCGCAGCCGUUUCUGCGCAGCCGUUUCUGCGCAGCCGCUUCUGCGCAGCCGCUUCUGCGCAGCCGUUUCUGCGCAGCCGUUUCUGCGCAGCCGUUUCUGCGCAGCCGUUCCUGCGCAGCCGGCAGGAACGGCUGCGCAGAAACGGCUGCGCAGAAACGGCUGCGCAGGAACGGCUGCGCAGGAACGGCUGCGCAGAAACGGCUGCGCAGGAACGGCUGCGCAGGAACGGCUGCGCAGAAACGGCUGCGCAGAAACGGCUGCGCAGAAACGGCUGCGCAGAAGCGGCUGCGCAGAAGCGGCUGCGCAGAAGCGGCUGCGCAGAAGCGGCUGCGCAGAAGCGGCUGCGCAGAAGCGGCUGCGCAGAAGCGGCUGCGCAGAAGCGGCUGCGCAGAAGCGGCUGCGCAGAAGCGGCUGCGCAGAUGCGGCUGCGCAGAAGCGGCUGCGCAGAAGCGGCUGCGCAGAAGCGGCUGCGCAGAAGCGGCUGCGCAGAAGCGGCUGCGCAGAAGCGGCUGCGCAGAAGCGGCUGCGCAGAAGCGGCUGCGCAGAAGCGGCUGCGCAGAAGCGGCUGCGCAGAAGCGGCUGCGCAGAAGCGGCUGCGCAGAAGCGGCUGCGCAGAAACGGCUGCGCAUAAACGGCUGCGCAUAAACGGCUGCGCAGAAACGGCUGCGCAGAAACGGCUGCGCAGAAACGGCUGCGCAGAAACGGCUGCGCAGAAACGGCUGCGCAGAAACGGCUGGGCAGAAACGGCUGCGCCGAAACAGCUGCGCAGGAACGGCUGCGCAGGAACGGCUGCGCAGAAACGGCUGCGCAGGAACGGCUGCGCAGGAACGGCUGCGCAGAAACGGCUGCGCAGGAACGGCUGCGCGGAAACGGCUGCGCGGAAACGGCUGCGCGGGAACGGCUGCGCGGGAACGGCUGCGCGGGAACGGCUGCGCGGAAACGGCCGCGCGGGAAAGGCCGCGCGGGAACGGCCGCGCGGGAACGGCCGCGCGGGAACGGCCGCGCGGGAACGGCCGCGCGGGAACGGCCGCGCGGGAACGGCCGCGCGGGAACGGCCGCGCGGGAACGGCCGCGCGGGAACGGCCGCGCGGGAACGGCCGCGCAGUAACGGCCGCGCAGUAACGGCCGCGCAGGAACGGCCGCGCAGGAACGGCCGCGCAGGAACGGCCGCGCAGGAACGGCCGCGCAGAAGCGGUCGCGCAGAAGCGGCCGCGCAGAAGCGGCCGCGCAGAAGCGGCCGCGCAGAAACGGCCGCGCAGAAACGGCCGCGCAGAAGCGGCCGCGCAGAAGCGGCCGCGCAGAAGCGGCCGCGCAGAAGCGGCCGCGCAGAAGCGGCCGCGCAGAAGCGGCCGCGCAGAAGCGGCCGCGCAGAAACGGCCGCGCAGAAGCGGCCGCGCAGAAGCGGCUGCGCAGAAGCGGCUGCGCAGAAGCGGCUGCGCAGAAGCGGCUGCGCAGAAGCGGCUGCGCAGAAGCUGCUGCGCAGAAACGGCUGCGCAGAAACGGCUAGGCAGAAACGGCUGCGCAGAAACGGCUGCGCAUAA